GCACUCACACUACUGUCUCAUCAAGUCACCCCAAAAUUCCAUAUCAGAAGCCAACCCAUAAAUAUUCGUAUAUAUCGACUCGGUGAUCAAUAUCAAAUCUCAAAAACAAAAAACGUACGUUAAACUCGACUCGAUCCCUUGGGCGAGUGAUACGAUGUCCUAUGCUGUGCCGGUGCCUGCGACCGGGCCGAGCGCUCAGCCGCUGCAGAACCCCGUGACGGUGGUCAGCCCGCAGUUCCAAGCAACCUACCCGGUGGAUCUGGUCAUCACGGAGAAGACGAUGUCGAUCAAGGAAGGUGCUUUCACGGUGUCAGACGUUAAUGGAAAUCUCAUGUUCCAGAUCAAAGGCUCCUUAUUCAGCUUUCAUGAUCGUCGAACUCUGGUCGACAGCGCCGGCACUCCGAUCGUCUCCUUCCGACAAAAGAUAUUGACGGCACACAGGAGAUGGCAUGUAUUUAGAGGAGAGAGCUCAGACGCCAAAAAUCUACUCUUUAGUGUCAAAAAGUCGUCUCUUUUCCAACUGAAGACAGAAUUAGAUGUGUUCUUGGCUGGUAAUACUAAAGAGCAAUUGUACGAUUUCAAGGUAAAAGGAAGCUGGGGGGAAAGAUCAUGCACCAUAUAUGAUAGAAACAACACUAUCAUUGCACAGAUGCACAAGAAAUAUGAUCUUAAAAGUCUUUUCCUUGGGAGAGAUGCGUUUGCGGUGACUGUGUAUCCUCAUGUUGAUUACGCCUUUAUAGUCGCCAUUGUGGUUGUUCUUCAUGAGAUUAACAUGGACAGAAGCGGGCAGGACUGAAGCUGAUGCUGCUUGAGUUGUUAUUUACUUGUAUAAUUAAAACUGUUUAGUUUCCCAUGCUUAUACCACGACUGCGCAAGUGCUUGAUUGUGUGUUCUGGCCAUUUUUUUACAUUGGGAGUGAUAUAGGCAUAGCAAGCCACCUUGUUAUUUUAGCAUAUAUAUUAGUAACACAACCAUUCAGUUCGGAUUAAGAUU